GAGGGGAGCCGAGGGGGGGAUCGAGAGAGGUAGAAAGCGAGUGAGAAAGAGAGAAAGGGGGAGGAAGCCUCGGAGGCCGAGCCAUAAAAUGAAUUCAGACUCCAGCCCGAGCAGCAGAGCUUCAUCCCCAGACAUGGAUGCCAUGUUCCUCCGAGAGCACCUCCCUGCCCACCACUUCCACCACCUGCACCCUCACUUCAGCCUGCACCACCACCACCAGCACCCCGUCUCCUCGUCCACGCAGGCCGGCAAGAUGUCCGAGUCCAAGUCAGCCUCGUCUUCGUCGUCGGUGGAGAGCAGCAGCGGCGACGGAGGCAGCAACAAGUUCAAGCUGAAGAAGCAGGUGACCGAGGAGGAGAUGUACCAGCUACGCCUCAAGAUCAACGGCCGCGAGCGCAAACGCAUGCACGACCUCAACUUGGCUAUGGACGGCCUGCGAGAAGUCAUGCCCUACGCGCACGGUCCCUCCGUGCGCAAGCUGUCCAAGAUCGCCACGCUGCUGCUGGCCCGGAACUACAUCCUCAUGCUCAACAGCUCCCUGGACGAGAUGAAGCGGCUGGUGGGGGAAAUCUACGGCGGCCAGCACUCGGCCUUCCACUGUGGCACCGUGGCGCACCCGGGAGCCGCAGCGGCGGCGGCAGCGGCGGCUGCUGCCGCGGCAGCCGCAGCCGCCCACCAGGUACACCCGCUCCUGGGCGGCGGCCUGUCGUCGUCCACCACGUCCACUACGUCCUCCAGCCUCCCCAUCCGGGCCCCGCACGCCUUGAUGAAGGGUUCGCCGGCCGCUGCGCCCCCCAGCCUGCAGCUGGGCUCCGGGUUCCAGCACUGGGCCGGGUUGCCGUGCCCGUGCGCCAUCUGCCAGGUGCCGCCCCCUCCCGCUCCUCCCGCGCCGCCGCCAACACACAUCCCCAUCACCUCCUCCGGCCUGACGAGACUGACGGGGGAGGCCAAGGACGGCAUGAAAUGAUUUGUCGAUCAUUUCUAAAGACGGUUUGAGGGCAUGGCGCGCGAAUUCGUGCAUGUUGCUGUCUGUUUUCUUGUUGGGUCCAUAUGAGAAAAUGUGUGUUAUUUCUAUCCUUGUACCAAGGACUCCUGAAAGACUGACCCUUUCAAACUUGAAGGUAAAAACAAAACAAAAACAAAACGAGAAAAAAAAAUUCUGCAUGAACAUUUUGGUUCUCUUUAUUUUGUGAAAAUGAAGAUUGCGCUUUGUGCCUUGUACCAAGGAUUUAAAAAAAAAAAAAAAAGUGAGUUCCAUAUUUUAAAAAAGUGGUUUUUUUUCUUUUUCAAAAAUGUAGCAAACACUGGCUUUAUAGUUUUGCAAUUGACUCAUUAAGUGGCUCGUUGUAAAAACAUCUCGAUUCUCUUUCUUGUUACUUUUGUGCAUGUUGCCCGAAUGUUGACGUUUUGUUACGCCCAGAGACUGCCUGUCUUUAUUUUUUUACAUUGUUGAUGAAAUAUUUAUUAUGAAUCACCCAGAGG